CUGGAGAGAACAGCUCACACACUAUCCAUCACCACCGGUCGCUCUCACCUCUCUCUCUCUCUCAAUCCAUUCCCCCAUUCCUUCUCUAACUAAAAAACACACUCAUCACCCCCGCUUUCUCUCUCUCACUCUCACUCUCACUACCGCCGAAAUUCCAUCGCAAAAAUGGCCGCCGCCGCCCCAUCACGCCAUCCCUCUUUCAUACUAUCUCACUCCGCCUAGUCCUCCGCCCUACACCAAAACCGCUUUCCGAUUUCGUGAAUUUAUACGCAUACACACUACAUUUCAUAUAUUUAUAUACUCCUGUAUAACGGAUUUAGUUAGGGCACGGAAGAUGGAGAGGAAGCAGGGCCAUGGAUUCCUCUCGGCAUUAGAGGACGUGGUGCGUGGCCUAUCUCCGGCGAGGUCGCGCGGGAAGAGUCCAGGCCGUAGCAGGUCGCCGAUGUCGGGAAUUCUCCGCCGGAAAGUCGUCUCGAGCAACUCCGACUCGUCGAUUGCGAGAUCGGGCAGUUUGAGGCCUAUGGGGGAGACGCUCACGCCGCUGAUGGAGGGUCCGGAUCCGGACGGAGAGGAAAUAGGCGACUCCAAGCGCCUCGGCUCCGCCCUCGGCCAGUGGGUACGCGGCCAGCUCAGUCGAAACCCCUCCGUAGCCGUGAAUGACAGCGGCGGCGGCGGCGGAAGCGCCACCGAUCCUCUGCCGCAUCUCAGCAUAAAGGACACCCCCAUUGAAACGUCGUCGGCGCAGUACAUAGUGCAGCAAUAUACCGCCGCUUCAGGCGGGCAAAAUGUGGUGAGGAAUGCCUACGCGAUGGGGAAGGUGAGGAUGGUGGCUUCCGAGUUCGAAACAGCAUCAAAAGUAGUGAAGAGUAGGAAUGUGAGCAGAGCUGCUGAAUCGGGUGGAUUCGUGCUGUGGCAGAUGAAUCCGGAUAUGUGGUAUGUGGAGCUUGCCGUUGGAGGGAGCAAGGUCCACGCUGGCUGCAACGGCAAGCUAGUCUGGAGGCACACGCCAUGGCUGGGCGCUCACACGGCGAAGGGGCCGGUCCGACCCCUUCGCCGUGCCCUGCAGGGGCUUGAUCCGAGAACGGCUGCUAGUAUGUUCGCUGAUUCGAUCUGCAUUGGGGAGAAGAGCAUCAAGGGGGAAGACUGCUUCAUUCUGAAGGUUGCUGCUGAUCCCGGGACGCUAAAGGCGAGGAGUGAGGGGCCGGCUGAGAUAAUAAGGCAUGUCCUGUUCGGCUACUUCAGCCAGAAGACAGGGCUGCUGAUUCACAUGGAGGAUUCGCAUCUCACCCGCAUCCAAUCCAACGGUGGGGAUGCUGUCUACUGGGAGACCACCAUCAACUCGUUCCUAGACGACUAUCACCCCGUUGAAGGGAUCAUGAUAGCUCACUCGGGGCGAUCUGUGGUGACCCUUUUCCGGUUUGGGGAGAUGGCAAUGAGCCACUCCAAAACCAGGAUGGAGGAAGCCUGGACGAUUGAGGAGGUAGCCUUCAAUGUUCCAGGUCUGUCGAUGGACUGCUUCAUUCCACCGGCUGACUUGGGGUCGGCCUCCAUCAGCGAGCUCCCGGUAGAGGAGAGAGGAAAGCCGAGUAAUCGGGCAAAAGUUGGUGUGUGAAAGGUGGAGAUAUGAGGGAGUAGUGUUGAUAUUUGGGUAGUGCAGUUUCUAAUUUUUACUAACACAGCAAGAAAUAACAAACUAGGGCUGUAGUAGUAAAUGGGUUUUUUCCUCCAUUAAUUCCGUGUGUAGCAGAGCUCAUUUGUAAGGGCAAAUGGAGGCUACUCUAAUAUUUUCUUAGAUGUUGAAAAGCUUUAAUAUUAGUAUCGGCAAAGCCAUUGUGAAUUUUCUUGUUUUUGUGCCUUAUAUAAACGGCACUUAGCAGUUGGAAGAGGGUGAUACUGCUUCAAGAUUUGAGUGUUGCUUAGUUGAAGGAAUUUCCUGUGUAAACAUGAGAUCUUGUUAUGUAAUACAGCAAGGGAAAACCAGUCUUUGUUUUAA